AAAAAUAAAAAUUAAAAUAAAAAUUAAAAAAAGUCAGCGAAGUAGCGAACCAACGGCCAUUCUAUCUCUUCCCGUUUCCCCGACGUUCUAUACUGAAACCUAAGCCUCUACAGCAACCAGCAAGAUCGGCCUCCGCUCCACUCCAACGACACAACACGUGACAAACCCUUACUGACAUAGAGAUGGCUUGGAGGGGACACCUAUCUCGGAAUUUGAAGGAGCUUCGUUUCCUGUUUUGCCAAACUUCCCCAGCAAGUUCUCAAACAAGAGAAUUUGUUCAAAGGAAUUACAAAGAUUUGAAGACCCUGAACCCCAAGUUCCCAAUCUUGAUCCGUGAAUGCAGUGGAGUUCAACCUCAGCUAUGGGCCAGAUAUGAUAUGGGCGUCGAAAGAGGAAUUCCUUUGGAAGGCUUAACUGAGGCACAGAUUAACAAGGCCCUGCAGGACCUUGUCCAAUUGGGAGCAUCCCUUAAAGCCUGAAUGCUGCCACUAUAGUGGAUAUAGCGAUCAUUUGGAACUGAAAUAAGCUGAGAAAUGCUGGGACUUUCUCAAUAGGAUGUUAGUAUUUGAUUUCUGGUCAAUCUGACUGGUUUUACUUAUAUCAUUAUCCGAAACGGAAUGUUCCUUCAUGAGUCUUAUUGUUUUGCUAUCGCGUGCACAACAGACCCCUCUCUCUGUGAUUGUAAUUUUGUUGUAUGCCUAAUGUGACAUUGGGUUAAACCGAUUUUUGCUGAAGGCAUUUAUUUCUCAA